GCCUGCGCACUUAGCCAGUCGCCGUGCCGACCCUGCGGACUUUCGCUUACCUUUCGGUCUUGGUGAAACUCUGGCACUGAGAUGCGUCCCUGUCUGUCGCUUGCCAGCUCCAGGCAUGGGAUAUUACAGUCCUGAACGCGGCUCGACCCCUGCAUACUCAUUGCUCGCGCAGGAGAUGAGGCUGAACACAUAGCUCACGUCUAGGGAAAGGUGAUGGUUCAAGGCCAAGAGAGUGGGCCAUGAACAGAAGAAAUUAGAAAGAGGCAAAGACUGUUGUAAAUGUCACCAUAGAUAAUUCUCCAACUGGAAGCCUACGUUUCUCUCAGAAAUGUGCAGAACUUAAGAAUGCCUUGGAGCGCAUCAGCGUGUGCCACCAAAGACUACGAUGGCUGAAAACAGCUUUAAAAUGCUGAAGAUCCAGCAGUGUGUAGCCAGCAAACUACCUAGGAACAGGCCUUAUAUUUGCAAUAUCUGCUUCAAGCACUUUGAAACACCGUCCAAGUUAGCUAGGCAUUAUCUGAUUCAUACCGGUCAAAAGCCAUUCGAAUGUGAUGCAUGUCAUAAAAACUUUAGACAGCUUGUUCAUCUGGAGAGGCACCAGUUAACUCACAAUCUGCCUUUUAGCUGUAAUAUUUGCCAGCGCCAUUUUAAAAAUCUGAAGACAUUUGUGAGGCAUCAACAGCUUCACAAUGAGUCCUGUCACAGUGAUAUUAAAGUCAGAAGACUGCUUGAGACCAAGCAAGAGAAGCCUGUGUAUGGUGCUUUUACUGCAGACGAGAGACGGGCACUACACCCAUGCUCUAAGUCUGAUCCCACGUACAGCACCACGGAGAGAAGAAAGAAUAUUCAUGCAUGUACAAUCUGUGGUAAAAUGUUUCCAUCGCAGUCAAAACUUGAUAGGCAUGCCCUUAUUCAUACUGGGCAGAGGCCUUUUAAAUGUGUCCUCUGCAGUAAAUCUUUCCGACAGUCAACCCACUUAAAAAUCCACCAACUCACACAUUCAGAAGAAAGACCUUUUCAAUGUUGUUUUUGUCAAAAAGGAUUUAAGAUUCAAAGCAAACUUCUGAAGCAUAAACAAAUCCACACUAGGAAUAAGACUUUUCAGAAUCUUCCUUUAAAAGUAAAGAGUCCUGAAUCAUGUCCCCUACCUAAUAAAUUAAAUGCAAAGCAGGACGCUUUUGAAAGUGGUGAUAUGGGUGAAUCUGAGGAGAAUAAUCCUCUUGAUGUCCACUCUAUUUAUAUUGUUCCUUUCCAGUGUUCAGAGUGUGAAGAAUGUUUUGAGUCAGAGCAGAUUCUCAAUGGACACAAGUGUCUUCCUGCCAGAGGUGGCAGAAUUCCAGGCAGACUCAAAAGAAGCUGUAACUAUAAGACCAUUGUUAAAAAGCUCUUGGCUAAACUUAAACGUGCUGGGGGUAAAAAAUCAGAUAACCUCCAAUCAGAGAAAAGAACAUUUAAAAGCAACUGCUUGAAAAAUUGCGAAUGUACUUCUGGUAAGGCGAACAUGGAACAAACUCAGAGAACAUUUGUGGGUUCUCUUAGCAGACAUGGGUCUUACAAGACAGUUAGCAAAAAGAAGAAAACACUGACUUUACCAUUUUCUUGGCAAAAGCAAUUCCAGAGCCAAAAUAUAGGUAAGAGUUUGCAAGGCAUCCUUAAGACGGGAAGCAUAUUAACUAUGGAUGGUUCAGUCAGUAAUAAAGACCUGUCAAUCUAUGGUUCAUCAGGUGAGGAAUACUUUAAUAACUGUGACAUGCUUCAGUGUGGUUUUUCAGAUUCAAGUGAAAAUAUACAUACUGGACAAAAAAUGUGUCCCUGUGAUAAAUGUGACAAAGUGUUUCCUUCUAUUUCUAAGCUACAAAGGCACUAUUUAAUUCAUACUGGACAGAGACCUUUCGGCUGUAAUGUUUGUGGAAAAUCUUUCAGACAGUCAGCUCACUUAAAAAGACAUAAACUAACUCAUAUUGAAAAGAUUCCUUAUAGUUCUUUUUGGCAAGUAGACUUUGGAAAUGUGAACAAACUUUUCAUUCAUCCUAAUGAUGAUGUUAGUUAUAGUGCUUCCCAACAGUGUGAGGGGCUUGGUUCCCAAAGGUAUGAGAGUUCAGAGUCCAAUCAGGUGUCAGAAACUGAAGUCAAGGAAGAAUCGGAGGAGUUUAUUCUUGGUGACCACUGUAGGAACAGGCAGUCUUACCUUGCCAACACACUUCUGGAAUCAGAGCAGAGCCGUCAUUGCUACACUUACUUAGGCCGUCCUGAAAGAAGUGACGGGCUCCUUUACCAGUGCAGUGUUUGUUGUAAACAUUUCCGAUCUCCAUCCAAACUAGAAAGACACUAUUUAAUUCAUGCGGGGCAGAAACCAUUUGAGUGCUCAGUCUGUGGCAAAACGUUCAGACAAGCUCCUCACUGGAAGAGACAUCAGCUCACUCACUUUAAGGAACGACCUCAGGAGAAAGUGGUUCUAAAUUCAACUGUAACAUAAAACCACUGAUGUGUUUAUGAUCUCUGCUGAUAU